GCGGUGUUCUCCUCCUUCCUCCACUAGCCUAGCCUAGCCUAGCCUAGGGUCCUCCCUAUAUAUCUCCUACCCUACUACUAACUACUACAGUAGGAGGGAGCUGGUUCAAGGUCAACUCUCUCAUCAACUUGUUUGAAUGUCUUUCUGAUGCGUCCCUCCAUGUCGCCAUUGUCUUUAGGCCGAGCUGCCGAGGUAUCACCACUGCAGAAAUAGAUUGGGCAAAUAAAGCAUCCUCUCCUCGCUCGCCUCGUCCAAGUCUAAUUCUUCAGCGCCACGAGACUUGUUUUACUGCUGAUUGAUCUUUGGUGACUGAGGUGAUCAUAAUCAGUCUGCAGACCGGCCCGGCCUGUCUUCAUCAAUUCACAAAGGAAGAGACAGAUCCAGCACCUCCAUCGGUAGGCAUGGAGAUGACCCGCGCGGCUCUCGACGAUGUGAUCCGGCGGCUUCUGGAUGCGCGGCGGUGCCGUCCGGGGAAGCAGCAGCAACUGGUGCAGCUGGCAGAGGAGGAGAUCCGGCAGCUCUGCGCCGCGGCCAAGGACGUGUUCAUGCGCCAGCCAAACCUCCUCCAGCUCGACGCGCCCAUCAACGUCUGCGGUGACGUGCACGGUCAGUACCGUGACCUGUUGAGGAUUUUCGAGUGCGGUGGUUUCCCGCCGCGGAGCAAGUACCUGUUCCUGGGCGACUACGUGGACCGCGGCGAGCACAGCAUCGAGACCAUCUGCCUGCUGCUCGCCUACAAGCUCCGGUACCCCGAGCACUUCUUCCUCCUCCGCGGGAACCACGAGUGCGCCUCCAUCAACCGCAUCUACGGCUUCUACGACGAGUGCAAGCGCCGCUACAGCGUCCGCUUGUGGAGGCUCUUCACCGACUGCUUCAACUGCCUGCCCGUCGCUGCGCUCGUGGACGACCGCAUCCUCUGCGUGCACGGCGGCAUCUCCCCGCACCUCCGCAGCCUCGAUCAGAUCAGGGACCUGCCCAGGCCCACCGACGUGCCCGAAGCCGGCCUGCUCUGCGACCUCCUCUGGUCCGACCCCAGCGCCGCCGUCAGGGGAUGGGCGCCCAACGACGACAGGGGCGUCUCCUGCACCUUCGGGCCCGACGUGCUGUCCGACUUCCUCCGCAAGCACGACCUGGACCUCGUCUGCAGAGCUCAUCAGGUGGUGGAGGACGGGUACGAGUUCUUCGCGGAUCGGCAGCUGGUGACCAUCUUCUCGGCGCCCAACUACUGCGGCGAGUUCGACAACGCCGGCGCCAUGAUGAGCAUAGACGCAAACCUCGUCUGCUCUUUCCAGACCAUCAAACCGGCCGACAACAAGAGCAGGCGCUUCUCCUUCUCUGGCUCAUCGACUACCUCUGCUGCUGCUUCUUCUUCCUCUGCAUAUAAUAGAAAGAAGGGGCUAAUGCGCUACUGGUAGGUAGCUGCAGGGUGAAUAAUCCAGCUCCGUCGACUCACCGAGGAACCUGACUGUCAACGAUCGAGUAAUAAGCAGCUUGAUUCAAUUUAAGCAUGCAUGACAUUUGUUUGGAUACGGAUUUACUUACCUGUGUUGUCGAUUUCUUUGGAUAAAUCAACAAGGUAGCUUGAAUAUGCUUCUACUUUCUA